CCCAUGCAAACGGACAAUCGACAACGAAUACAUGCAUAUGCGGCAAGAGCUGCAAAAACCCGCGGGGUUUGAAGAUCCACCAGACCAAGAUGGGAUGCUUGGUGAAAGAGCAGCCAGAGCAGCGCGCAAGGAACAGUCUCCGUGAGUUGCAGGAGGAGCUAGUGGGGCAUGAGCCCCACAGCCCCCCACACACUCCAGAGGACCUUGGUGAGACGCAGGAGGACCGGGGCCAGGAGUCACCCCACAGUGCCCAGGACCUCCACGCUCGGGAAGCCCUAGAUCCAGACACCCCACAACACCAAAAGCGGGUUAAGUGGCCUCCAGCCAGUAAAGCGAGUGAGUGGCAGAAGCUUGAUGACGAUUUGGAGGGUAUCCUGAAAGCCACAAUGAAAGGAGGGGCAGACAGGAAACUCCAAAUAAUGGCCACCAUGGUCAUUAGCAUUGCCACUGAAAGGUUUGGAAUGAUUGAGAAGCGUGCUGCGGCAAAGCCUUACUCCAAGAACCGCAGGGCAGAAAAGAUCUCACAGCUGCGACGGGAACUCAGGGACCUGAAGAACCAGUUCAAGGGCGCAAGUGAGGACCUGAAGCCGGGGCUGGCAGAGAUUCGCUGUGUUCUGAGAAAGAAGUUGCUAACCCUCAGAAGAGCAGAGUGGCAUCGGAGACGGGCAAAGGAAAGAGCGAAAAGGCGCGCUGCAUUCCUAGCUAACCCCUUUGGGUUUACCAAACAGCUGCUAGGCCAGAAGCGCAGUGGACAUCUAACCUGCGCAAAAGAGGAGGUAGACUCGUACCUCCACGAAACAUACAGUGAUGCAGUGAGGGAGGAGGAUUUGGGUGAAUUCAGAGACCUGAUCAAGCCACCUGAGCCAACCUGUGAGUUUAACAUCAAGGCCCCCACCUGGAAAGAAACUCAGUCAGUGGUCAAAGCUGCAAGGAACAACUCGGCUCCUGGACCCAAUGGUAUACCCUACCUGGUGUACAAGAGGUGCCCCAAGCUCCUGAACUGUCUCUGGAAAAUCCUAAGGGCAAUCUGGAGGCGAGGGAUUGUUGCCCACCAAUGGAGAUCCGCAGAAGGGGUGUGGGUUCCGAAGGAAGAGAGGUCCACCACCAUCGAGCAGUUUAGGACCAUCUCGCUGCUCAAUGUCGAGGGGAAGAUAUUUUUCAGUAUCCUUUCCCACCGGCUGUCAGACUUCCUACUUCGAAACCAGUACAUUGACACUUCAGUGCAAAAGGGUGGGAUCCCAGGGGUACCAGGGUGCCUGGAACACAGUGGAGUGGUGACACAGCUGAUAAGAGAGGCCCGAGAGGGGAAAGGGAACCUAUCUGUGCUUUGGCUGGAUCUAGCUAAUGCAUACGGCUCCAUACCCCACAAGCUGGUGGAGGUGGCAUUGGAGAGGCACCAUGUCCCAUGUAACAUCAAGGCCUUAAUCAUGGACUACUAUAACAGCUUCCACCUCAGAUUCACUUCUGGUGCAGUUACAUCAGAGCGCCACCGGCUUGAGAAAGGGAUCAUCACUGGAUGUACCAUUUCAGUGAUUCUCUUUGCCUUGGCCAUGAACAUGCUGGUCAAGUCAGCCGAGCCGGAGUGCAGAGGGCCCACAACCAAGUCCGGCAUCCGUCAGCCCCCCAUCAGGGCGUUUAUGGACGACCUGACUGUGACAACAACAUCAGUACCAGGGUGCAGAUGGAUCCUCCAGGGCCUGGAGAAGCUUACCACCUGGGCCCGCAUGCGCUUCAAACCAGAGAAAUCCAGGUCUCUAGUCCUUAAGGGAGGGAAGGUGACUGACCGGUUCAGCUUCUUCCUUGGAGACACCCAGAUUCCAUCCGUCACAGAGAAGCCUGUGAAAAGCCUGGGGAAGAUCUUCGACUGCUCCCUGAGGGAUACAGCUUCCAUCAGGGCCACCAAUGAACAACUCGAUGGCUGGCUAAAGGCAGUGGACAAAUCUGGUCUCCCGGGGAAGUUCAAGGCAUGGGUGUACCAGCAUGGCAUCCUGCCCAGGAUAUUAUGGCCAUUGCUGGUGUAUGAAUUUCCCAUGUCCACCGUGGAAGGGUUUGAGCGGAGGGUCAGCAGCCACCUCCGACGCUGGCUGGGGCUCCCUCGGAGUCUCAGCAGCCUUGCCCUCUACGGCAACAACAACAAGCUGAACCUACCAGUCAAGGGCCUCACGGAGGAGUUCAUGGUUGCCAGAGCAAGGGAGGUCCUCCAGUACAGGGAAUCGAAGGACCCAAAGGUGGCUCAAGCUGGCAUUGAGGUCAGGACAGGCAGAAGGUGGAGGGCGCAAGAGGCGGUGGACCAGGCUGAAGCUCGGCUGUCCCACAAAGAGCUCGUGGGAUCUGUGGCCACUGGCCGGGCAGGACUGGGAACCGUACCAACUACCCACCUCAGCAGGCUCCGGGGCAAGGAUAGGCGGGACCGGGUCCAACUUGAGGUGCGGGCUGGAGUCGAGGAGCAGCGUGCUAGCCAGUGGGUGGGGCUAAGGCAACAGGGCGCGUGGACCAGAUGGGAGGAAGCCAUGAACAGAACCAUCUCAUGGCCGGAGUUGUGGAAGGCGGAACCGCUCCGCAUAAAAUUCCUCAUCCAGUCUGUUUACGACGUCCUGCCCAGCCCUUCAAACCUCUUCCUUUGGGGCAAGGUUGAAGCUCCAUCAUGUACCUUGUGCCAGGGAAGGGGAACGCUUGAACACAUCCUCAGCAGCUGUCCUAGGGCACUUGGAGAUGGUCGCUACCGCUGGCGCCACGACCAAGUACUGAAAGCAGUUGCUGAGUCCAUCCACUGUGCCGUCGACUACAGCAAGCGCUUACCACCACCGAGGCACGGGAAGGCAUUUGUGAAGGCUGGGGAAAAACCCCCUCCCCAACCAAAGGCCCAAACAGGACUGCUGGGAACAGCUAAGGACUGGCAGCUGAGGGUGGACUUAGGAAAGCAGCUGAAGUUCCCCGUGAGCAUCUUGAAAACCAGCCUGAGACCAGACAUUGUGCUGCAAUCAGAGUCUUCCAAGCAGGUUAUCAUGUUGGAGCUGACGGUGCCUUGGGAGGAGAGGAUGGAGGAAGCCAGUGGGAGGAAGAGGGAGAAAUAUGCAGAGCUGGUGGAGGACUGCCGCAACAGGGGGUGGCGAGCAAGAUGCUUGCCCAUUGAAGUCGGGGGAAGGGGCUUUGCAGGGAAGUCACUCUGUAGAGCCUACAGUCUCCUAGGCAUCACAGGGGCAAGGAAGAGGAGAGCCAUCUGCUCAGCUACAGAGGCCGCUGAGAAAGCUUCUCGGUGGCUGUGGAUCCAGAGGGACAAGGCGUGGACGAGCGCUUCUUGGACACAGGCCGGGAGCUGAUCACUCCCGGUCGGGUCGCCUGGGUGAGGGGGUCUGAAGUUGAAAGACCCGAAAC